GACUCAGGGCGGUUGGGACAUGGGCAUGGCGGAUCGCUCUACUCUAGUAAGGCGUGUUCAAUAAAUCUUUUACCCAGGAUACUGCAGACAAUUGGUUCCAAAGUUCAAGGGUAAAAUAUCCAGGAGCACAGCGCACGGGGGAGAACCAGAAGAGGGCGAGUCAAAGGAAAGUGUCAACGUGAUCCAUUUGGGAAAAUUAUAAAGAAAUCAGUCAUUGGUGUCGACAGCAAUAAACACAGGCAAGACACAAUAUGGCAGAGAGUACGAGUCCAAAAGGCAACUCUGGUGACUUUGCUAAAAAAGUCCAGAGACAGCUAAGCAGAAGCAAGGAAAAGGUUCUGCAAAGGCUGGGGAAGACAGUGGAGAGCAGAGAUGACCAAUUUGAACAGUGUCUCCAACAGUUUAAUGACCAGCAGACUGAUGGGAACCGGAUGUACAAGGAUCUGAGGAACUACAUUAAUGCAGUUAGAGACAUGCGUGAAGCUUCAAGACGCCUUUCCCAGUCUCUGUUUGACGCUUAUGAGACCGACUGGGCUGGAGAGGAAGAUCUAGGAGCCAUCGUAGAGGGGGAAGACCUCCUGUGGAAUGACUUUGAGGUGAAGCUAUUAGACCAGGCCGUACGCACCAUGGAGUCCUACGUGAGCCAAUUCCCAGAUGUCAGGGAGAAAGUAGCCAAGAGGGGGAGAAAACUGGUGGACUACGACUCUUCCCUCCACCACCUGGAGGCACUGCAGACUGCUAAGAAGAGGGACGAUGUCAAGAUUAACAAGGCAGAAGAAGAGAUGAAUGCUGCCAAAAGUGUCUAUGAAGGCAUCAACACUGAGUUAAAAGAAGAGCUGCCUGUGCUCUUUGAUAGCCGCGUUGGAUGCUUCGUGACAGUCUUCUCAGCUGUAUCAAAUUUACGAGACAUAUUCUAUAAGGAAAUGAGCACGCUCAACCUCGAUCUACAUAAUGUGAUAAAGGAGCUGCAGGCUCAGCAUCCGGACAAAAUGUUUGCCUUGAAGGGAAUGCAACGAUAUGGCUCCCUGAAGAGACGAAGUCUAAUGUCCCCUAAGGCCUGGAAAGCCAGCUUCUCUGAGUUUCACAAGAGCUAUAGCCCUAAACCUGCCCAGAGGUUUAGUUUCAAGUCCCCGGACAAGCCUCGCCACAGCACUCUGUCCAGAGAGAGCAGCACCCUCGCAGUCUCCCCGCCAUCACCUCUUCUGGAGACCCCCGAGUCCAGGGACCUGGACGCGGGAUCCAGCCACAGUGAGACCCACGGUUCUCCUGAACAAGGAGACGCUGCGGCUGGAAACCAGCUGAAGUCGCUGGAAGACAGCAGUCAGGUGGAAGAGGAGAAGGGCCUGAAAGAUGAGGAGCCUACGCCUCCUGCAGGAUCUGAUAAUAAGGGAGACGGUGAGAAAGCUCCGCCGAGCGAGAGCAGCUCUGAACUCAACAACUCCUGUGAUUCACUGAGCUUGGAGCUCCAGCUGUCUGCAGCAGACGACAGCCCGCUGCACAUCGAGGAGAGAGAAGACACUUCUCUAGUGCUCAACACUCCCAGACCAAAUGGACUGGAGAACGGAGAGGUUUCUGGGUUAAACUCUGAGACUAAGGACCUGAGCAUUCCUCACAAGAAUGCUCCUGCAGAAAAACAGGCAUCUCCGGAUUCAAAAAGCACAGACGUUUAAA